AUGUCUUCUAAAUUAAGAAGUCGUUGCGGUAUCUUGAUUUGUUUACUGGCAAUAGCGGAUUUUGUCGUCGCUGCUUACCUGGUAGCCCAAAAUGCUACCUUCAAAGUAUCUAUGGUCUCUUUGCACUACAUGUUCAAGCUGGGAUGGGACUCUCAAUUGGCAUAG